AGUGAGUGAGUGAGUGCUGGAGGAGAUUACAGCGAGAAGGAUGAGGCAGAGCCAUAUAACGCCGUUUCACUCGCCUUUAUUCCCGUGAAAUACAGUUAAAGGCGAUGGACGAGUUUCCCCAGCUCAUGUGAUUGUGAUCCGAAAGACAGAGACUGUCAUUAUUACCACGGGUUGGAGGCGUAGACUGAGGACGCUGGCCGCAUGAUGUUGGACCACGCCGAUGUGAGUUUGACCCCGGAUGAACGGGUGCGGGCCUUGACCAAGAAGGGCAUGGCUGUGGAGAUGAAUGAGGCAGUGCCCCUCCGCCGAUACUUCCGCUCGGGCUUGGAGGUGAUCCGCAUGGCCCAUGUGUACGCCGAGGAGGGCAACACAGAGCACGCCUUUGUCCUCUACAACAAAUACAUCACGCUUUUCAUCGAAAAGCUCCCCAAGCAUCCGGAAUAUAAGCUGUGUGGUAUUCCUGAGAAGAAGGAGACUUUAAGGAAGCUAAAGGAGACCGCCUUUCCUCAAGCAGAGCAGCUGAAGAAGCAUUUACUGAGGAGAUAUGAGAAAGAAUAUGCUGAGUUUAUCAGCAAAAAGCGUGCAGAAGCUCAAGCACUGGAGCGGGAGUUGUCUCGGCAGCGUGAGCUGGAGGCAGAGAGACACCGUGUGGCGAACAUGCAGCGGAGGCAACUGGAGCAGGAGCAGUUCAGCAGGUUUGAGGAGAUGAUCCGGCAGCAGGACCGUCAGCACGAGUUCAACACACCAGCGCCUCACCAAGACGACGGACUGCUCAUCCCUGGGAUCCAGGGUCCCCCUUUGCCCUACCUAGAGUCCCCCACUCCCCCUCAGAGUCCACAGUACCACUCGGCCAAUCACAGCACUCCGUCAGCUCCCAGCUCGGCUGCACCCCCGACUGUGGACCGCUCGCUUAAACCGGGUCACCUCAGCAACACCACUACAUUGGUUGAUGGUUUACGUCAGAUUGCUGUUCCUGCUGAGCUUUGCAGCAAAUUUCUGCGAUUGGCCAAUAACAACACCAUAAGAGCAGUGGAAACCUGUGGGAUACUCUGUGGGAGACUGUUCUGCUCUAUGGAAUUGAGGCAAUUCGGUCGGUGUCUUAAAAAGUAUCAAACUGGAUACCCAGCCCUAGUACAGUGGAUGCAUACUGUUGUCUUAUUAGUCAUUCAGAUGUCACAGUCUCUCCGACUCACCCCACAGACUCACCCCACUCAGACGGCCUUCCUGUCCAGCGUUGACCUGCACACUCACUGCUCAUACCAGAUGAUGCUGCCGGAGUCCAUCGCCAUCGUCUGCUCUCCCAAAUUCAACGAGACGGGCUACUUCAGGCUGACUGACUACGGCAUGGAGGAGAUCUCAAGAUGCGCUCAGAAAGGCUUUCAUCCGCACCCCAAAGAACCUCCUCUCUUUACUGAUGGUAUUCACAUUAGAAUCACAGAAGGCACUGUAUCGAUGCUAGACCUGCGAUGAUCUCUCUCUGGUGUUCACACGAAAAUGCCGAAAUGUUUCCAGAACCAUCCCAACCCACUAAUCAAAGCCCGUGUUCACUGAGGUCCGGGACACAAACAUCAUUUCCUCACGUCAGAGAUCGUCUGGCCUUGUUGCUGGCAGUCGUCUGAGGUCAGGCACUGGUUUUUCAACUUCGAUUGAGAAGGUUGACAUCAGCCCAGCCAGUCCAGGUCAUCAUCAUCAUCGUCAUCAUCACCAAACAGAGGGGCG